AUGCCGUCCAGCGACGACGUGCAGUACUACGUCGAGCGCGUGGAGAACUACGUGUACGCUUCUGCGACAGCCGUCGCCAAUGAGGUUCCUCACAUAGGCGAGAGCGUUAAGCGCCUGUGGGCCGACGUCACCCGCUAUGGACCGAAGCUGCCGGAUAUUAAGCUGCCUGGUCUGGGCGAAUUCGAGAUUCCACCUCCUCCGCCACCACCGCCGCCUCCCCGGUCCUUUUGGGACAGAUCGACGGAUUGGGUAGCGGACCAUCCGUGGACGGCUACUGGGAUAGGCGCUGGCGCUGUUGGGGCCACGCUCCUGGUCGGCUAUAAGGGUCUGUUGGUGCACCGCGGCAGGAGAACUGGGAAGGGAAAACAUUCCAGUGAUAGGAAGCAGGUUGUCGUCGUGUUGGGCGGCGAUACUCCGCUUGCGCUGACGCUCAUCCAUGAAUUGGAGCAGAAAGGCUACAUCGUAAUCGCUAGCGCUUCUACUUCGGAUGCGGCUAGCGAGAUUGAGCACCAAAGCCACGGAUACGUGCGCGCACUCGUCCUCGAUCCCUUACUGCCCGACAGUGUGCCCAACUUCUUACGAUUGCUGGUGUCGGCGUUAUCAAGACGUUUCCCCAUUGAUGCUGGCGGUGAUCCACAUGCCUCGCCAGCCUCGAUGCCCUACAUUCACUCAGUAAUCUCACUGCUCGGCCUAUCUUCGCCCGCUUUGCCGCCACCAGGGCCCCUCGAGCAUCUACAGCUCGUAGACGACUAUAUGCCGUACUUAACCACGACGCACAUCGUCCCCCUUAUGGUCGUGCAGGCUCUUCUCCCGCUCCUUCGGUCCUCUUCGCAUAUCAAUGGCAAAGGGAAGAAGAAGAGCGUCGUAUUCUGCGUGCCCGCCGCCGAUGCACGCGUGGGGCUUCCCUUCUCCGCCGCGAGCGCGAUGAGUGCAGCAGCAACUGCGCGUGGAGCCGAGGUUCUCCGUCGAGAGAUCGCCAUGGCGGCUGCCACGGGAGGCGCAUCGACGAUGAAGGACAUCAACGUCGUUGUGAUGGAUGUUGGCCACAUUCAGAGCCCUACGCCCACUCGCCGUCGGAUGCUCGGUCACGAUGCACACAAUGACCUGGAGGCAUGGACAGAGUCUGAACAGCUCGCAUACGGUCCGGCAUACAAAGCCAUGACUGAGCCGACUACGGGCAGAGUCGCCUCCGUGCGCCGUCGCCCAUCGCCGCCUCAGGUGUUCGUGGACAAGGUCGUCGAGGUGGUAUCGCACGGUCGCAAGCGCUCAGCAAAUGUCUUCGGCUAUCAUAUCCCGCUCUACUUCCUGCCAAACCCCUUCUUGUGGGGUGGCCGCUACGCAGUUGGUGCCGGAGCCUUUUCUUACACGCUAGCAUCCAGCUUGCCUCACACUCUGCUAGACGUCAUCCUCAACCUGCCGUACCUGCUUAUGUCUAUUCGCAACGCACUCCUACCGGUCCCGCCACUCGUCACUAUUCCCAGACAGCCACUGCCUGAGCCCACGCCCGCGCAGCCAGCACCUGUAGCCCAGACCGAGUCUGCGCCCACAUCGGACCACGCCGAGUCGGAUGUUGGAUCUGACGCUGAUGUUGAGAGCAAUGCGAGCUCCGGUGCGAAUUCGGGCGUGGAGAGUAGCUGGAUUAGCCUGGGCGGAUCGACGACCAAUAACCCCUGGAAGCGUGAAUGA